AUGGAUAAAGCUAAAAGAAGACUAGCUUCAGCCCUAGAUGGCUUUCGCUCUAAUCACAGUAAGAUGGAUAUUUCUGUGGAUGAACGUGUCAACAGUGAGCAUUGUUGUCUAAAAAAGGUUGUUCGAUUUGGUUUCCCUGAUGAAUCUCGCUGUCUUGCUUAUGAUCCUGUUCAAAGGCUUUUAGCCAUAGGCACCGAACAUGGAACUGUUCGAAUCAUAGGAGAAGUCGGUGUGGAUCAUAUCCUUCGACAUGGAACUGACCAUGGAGUGAACCAUAUUCAAUUCGUAAUUAAUGACGGUUCCUUAAUAACAGCAUGUAGUAACGACAUGAUACAUUUAUGGAAUUAUCGACUGAAAGUUCCAGAAAUUAAGUUAAGUAUAGAAAUGAAUAAGGAGAAUGUAUCAACUAUCCAUCUACCUAUGAAUAGUAAAUAUUUAUAUGUUGGAACGAUUAAGGGAAAUGUUUACUUUGUUUCACUCGACACUUUCCAACUUAGUCCGUAUGUUAUUAUGUGGAACAAAGCCAUUGAUUUAAGUUGCCGAAUUCAUCCGGGACCUGUGAGACAAAUAGCCGCUUGUCCAACUGAUCCAUCAAAGAUUUUGAUAGCUUUUGAACGGGGUAUUGUUAUCCAAUGGAAUUUGGCCACAAAGGAAGUUGAUCGUUUUCCAUUAGAUCCUCCCAUCAAAAGUGUUUCAUGGCAUUACGAUGGUAAACAGGUUAUGACUGGGAAUGUUGAUGGCUCCGUGUCCGUCUUCAAUACAAAAAAAACCUCCGAGCCAGCGCAUAAGUCAUUCCCACAUGGACAAACGGAUUGCCGUCCCAUUCCUAAUAUCGAUUGGAAGCAUACCGGUGAAAAUGAGCAAGUUGUUGUCUUUUCUGGAGGAAUGCCCACAGACGAUGGCUUACCUCCUCCAGCUUUAACAAUCCUCAAAGCCUCCCGUCAUGCAACCGUAAUGGAAAUGGAAAAUCCCAUAAUAUCUUUCAUAACUUUACAACAAGUGCCUUAUAACUCUUCUCCUCAACAACCUCAUGCUAUUGCUGUUCUGCUGAAGCAUGAUCUUAUGAUCAUAGAUUUACAGACUCCUGGCUAUCCUAUAAUUGAAUCUCCUCAUGCAAUGGAUCUUCAUGAGUCUCCUGUCACUUGUCUUCAGUAUUACUCAGAUUGUCCAUCUGAUCUUAUAGGAGCUUUGACAUUAGUUGGUUAUAAGCAACGCAAAAAAGGAUUUAGUGAAAGACAAUGGCCAAUCAAUGGGGGUCAUGGAAGAGAGUGUGCUACGGGAUUUCAAGAAUUAGUUAUUACGGGACAUAAGGAUGGUAGUCUGCGUUUUUGGCAGGCAUCCGGUGAAAAUCUUCAAAUAUUAUAUCGCCUUAAAACUGGAUCUCACUUUGAGCGGUUAGAAGAAUUAGAAUCUUCAGAAAAAGUAUCACAUGCUAUAAAAUAUAUUGAAAUGUGCCUUGAGUCUCGCUUAUUAUUGGUAGCCGGAAUUUCUGGACAAGUUACUCUAUUCCGUUUUGCUAAGUCGGAAACCACAAAUACAAUUGCGGUAGUUCAUAUUCCUAAUUUAUGUGUUACAUCUAAUUCGUCUAUUGUUGAUGAACGACCAGGUCUUUCAUCUCAAUCAUCAAAGGAAAUGAAACGUCAGAAGAAGGUUGUUAGCCGAGAUUCAACUGCAAGCCCAGAUACGAGUGAUGCUUCGGGUGAUGAACGUAUUGUGCCUUUCAAAGUCAGAGGAGCACCAGUUAAACGACCUGCAGGCUACCAGCCUGAGUUAGCUUGUCUCAUACCCUGGCCAUCUCAUGUCUCAUCGGAUAUGGUUACAUCAAUAGCUCUCAAUUCUGCAUACGGAGUAAUUGCAAUAGGAACAACAAGUGGUCUAGCACUUGUUGAUAUUGCCCAAUGUGCCUUAAUAUAUGCUUGGAGUACAGCUGAACUUUACGGUUCUGAUCCUACUCCGGCAAUUCAGUUAAGCAAUCAGCUUAGCGAUGCAUCAAGUCCCUUAGAGGAGGAAGAGCCCAAUAGCGAACUGCUUGAUGUGCAUUAUCAGUCACGUUCUAAAUCUCCUUCCAUCAAGUCACGUGGAAUGUCUAGCAUCUUCAGACGGAAUACUUCUGAAAUGUCUUCAUCAGCUAGAGAUAAAUUUUCUCCGGAUCGUCCGGAUGUAGACGGUCGUUCUCCAUCACCCAAUGUUGCUGGCAAAGAGGUUGAGGACACGAAUCAAGCUCGUCCAUCCUCUCGGAGUCAAUCUGUUAAAGGUGGAAUCAUCCGACGAUUGACGAAGAAGAGAGAUAACAUAUCCCCCGGCUGUCUUAGUGAGCCGCGUAAUAACUUGAUCCGUCUUAAUACAGAUACAAGACAAAAAUCGUUGGAUAAAAGACCUUUACUCUUCAAAGCUCAAUCAGUUAUAGAACAACAUUCUAAUGGAAGUCCUAGAGGAGAACAUCCAAAGGAAUCCCCGUCCUUAUCACGCAGUGGAAACACAUCUUCUCCAGCUGUGAGCACUCAUAGCUUGGAAAAGUUAGGCCUCGGUGAAAGCGUUACUUCUGUUCAAUUCAUCCACUCUUGUUCCAAACGAAAUGAAGCGAAGACGUCUCCAUGCAUCUGGAUAGGAACAAGCACAGGAGCAGCUAUUGCUUUGAACCUCAUUCUGCCUCAGGACCGAUUGGUUUCCACAGUAGUUGUUGCUCCAUCUGGCACUAUCGUACGAAUGAAGGGACAAAUACUUCUACACGCUUUCAUGGACGAAAAGUUCUGUAUCGUCUCUCCAGCUAGCGAAUCCUAUAAAGAAUCAAGUCGUGAAAGUAAAGAUUCCGGAAGCCCUGAAAAAUCUGUUACUAAUAAGAUUGUUACCAAGCCCAGCCUAUCUCCUGCUUACUCCAGUUCACUUGAUUGUUCUGAUGAAGUCAACCAGUUUUUAAUCGUUGUGGCUGAAAAUGAAAUAAAAGUUAUAGCUUUACCUUCAUUCAGCCAAGCUUUCCAUUACAAAACGGAGGAAAUACCAUUAGUGAAGGCUGUCCCAACCCAUGUAAGAGGUCAUCCAGUGCUUAUGUGUUUAACAGCCGCUGGCUACAUCCAAGUUAUUUCAUUACCAUCUCUACGGUUACUUCACUCUGCACAACUAUUGCCCCGUUCAGUCGAUGUCGAUGAUCCGAUUUGUCAUCAGACAGCGUUCUCUGAACAUGGCCUUGGCAUUUUCAUGACUAGUCCUAGUGAGAUGGAGAAGUACACAAUAUGCACUGAGUUAGCGGAACAAACGGCAGAUUCAAUGGGUGAACUUUAUGUUACUUGUGAAAUGCCGGAAGCACCAAAAAGUUCGUCAUUUUUAAAAGGCGUCUCCAGCAUAUUUGGUAACUCUCCCCGACAAGCCGAUGCCACUGAUCUGGAAUGCAUUUUGUCUGGUGACAAGGAUAAAAGUGUUAUUGGUGGAUCCGCUGGAAUGAGAAGUAUAGCCAGAACUAUACCUGGACCGGCUGCGAACAUGGAUAGAGCACACGCCAGUGGAAUUUCCGCGGGACAAGCUGCUCAAAUGGCUCUUCAGAACUUAAACGAACGCUCUGACAAACUGAACGCAGUUGUUGAUUCGACGGAAAACUUGAAAAACUCUGCCAUGAACAUGGCUUCCCGAUCUACCAAGCUUGUGGAAAAGUUUGAGAAGAAGAAAUGGUAUAAUUUUUGA